AUGACAGGUGACAGCAGUGACCCCAGGAUCUUGGAAACCUCACUGAUAGGUGCUGAAGUGAAAGAGGGAGAGAUUCUUCCUCCUACUAUUCAGAAGCUGAUGAAAGGAUACAACAAGUACCUCAGGCCUUUCUUUGACAAUGGUCCAGUGACAGUGGGAAUGAGUUUGGAUAUAGCCAGUAUUGACACUAUCUCAGAGAUCAACAUGGACUACACCGCUACGAUUUUCCUACGUCAGCGUUGGACGGAUGAGAGGCUGGUGUUUGAGGGGAAUAAGAGUCUAAGCUUGGACGGGAGGCUCGUGGAGCUCCUCUGGGUUCCUGAUACCUUCAUUGUGGAUUCCAAGAAGUCCUUCCUGCAUGACAUCACAGUGGAGAACCGGCUGAUCCGGAUAUUCCCAAACGGAACGGUUCUUUAUGCGCUCCGGAUAACAACCACUGUUGCCUGUAACAUGGACCUGACUAAAUACCCCAUGGACAAGCAAACCUGCACCCUUCAACUGGAGAGCUGGGGUUAUAACAUUAAUGAUGUGAUGUUUUACUGGACACGGGGAAACGAAUCCGUCAGUGGGUUGGACACACUGAGACUGGCCCAGUAUACAGUGGAGGACCACUACACUUCUGUGUCUGAGGCCAUUUAUGAGACAGGUCACUAUCCUAAACUCAUCUUCCACUUUGAGCUGAAGAGGAGUAUUCUGUACUUCAUCCUGGAGACCUAUGUCCCCUCCAGUCUGCUGGUGGUCCUCUCCUGGGUGUCUUUCUGGAUCAGCCAAUCAUCAGUCCCUGCUCGUAUCUGCAUCGGAGUGACAACUGUUCUGACCAUGACCACUCUAAUGAUGGGGGCGAGGACAUCUCUGCCUAAUGCCAACUGUUUCAUUAAGGCUAUUGAUGUAUAUCUGGGCAUCUGCUUUAGCUUUAUUUUUGGAGCCCUGAUAGAGUACGCUGUGGCUCACUUCUGUACCCUGCACCACCCUGACUGUAACGCUCUCAUGUAUGACCAUAAGGCUCGGCAGGACUGUGAUGAAGAGAUGAAUGGUAUUGUCACCACCAUUUCUAGCGACUCAACCAAAGUGAAGAGGCGUAAAGAGGCCCCAGCUCCAGCACCUACUCCCAGCCCCACUGGGGAACCAGGUGGCCUCUCCCCCAGUCCCUCUGGCAGUGAGGUCCAGAAUCCAGAGGUCCCUGAAAAGCCCCUGAACCGCUGUAUUAAGACUCUGACCCUUAUCCGGAAGAUUCUUCGCAUGGUGAACUGCUGCCACGUGGAGAACCCCCAUUAUAUAGACAACUACUCACGCGUCACCUUCCCCCUCUCCUUCAUCCUAGUGAAUCUGCUCUACUGGACUUAUUAUCUCUACUUUUAA